AUAGGGGUGAAACAUGGGCCAAGUUCAGAGGUUUUAGGAAAUGCCAAAGUUUCCGUCCUGGCAGGAAAUCGGAUGUCGGAGCUUUGGUGCCAAUGCAAGCAAGCUAUACUGAGCACAGACUACAGAGCCAGGAGGUUUUACUCAUCCACAAUCCACAGUAUGUUACGUUGCUUCUUCACGCCUAACAGUAACAAGCGAGUGCUUUACAAUUCAAACACUUCCUUCACUACAUAUGCCGCCUUACCUUCUUUACCAUCAAUUCCAAUACAGCUCAGUAACAAAAAUGAUUUGCUUUUCCAACUCCAAAACAUCAAUCCCUCUAGCAAACAAUCUCCUACUGUAAUCUCAUUGCAGGACUUAGUCAAUCACUACAAAUUAUCUCAAUCAUAUAAAAAAACCGAGCCCACUUUGCCACAUAUUCCACAUUGGAGUUCUUUUGAGGUAUAUGAAAAUUUGGUUCAUACAUAUAAAUAUUCUUGUUGCCCGAAAGAGUCUAGACAGUUUCAUUUGAAGAUCUUUAAAUAUGGGUUUGAUUGCGAUUUGUUUUUGUGUAAUACUCUUAUUAAUGCCUACGUUAGAAGUGGUGAUUUGGUAUCAGCUCGUAAGUUAUUUGAUGAAAUGCCAGAAAGGAAUGGUGUUACGUGGGCAUGUUUGAUUUCAGGGUAUACUCACAACGGGAUGCCUGAGGAGGCAUAUGGGGUUUUCAAAGGGAUGAUUUUUGAAGGAUGUUUGCCUAAUCGUUUUGCUUUUGGUGGUGCUCUUCAAGCUUGCCGGGAUCUUAAAAUUGGGAUGCAAAUUCAUGGGUUAAUUUUAAAGUCUCCCUAUGCGCAAGAUGUGGUUUUGUCAAACGUGUUGAUAUCAAUGUAUGGAAAUACUUUGGGCUCUAUUGAUUAUGCCGGUCGUGUUUUUGAUGAGAUAAAGAUUAGGAAUUCAAUAUCAUGUAAUUCUAUUAUAUCAGUUUAUUCACAAAGAGGAUAUGCAGCUUGUGCCUUUGAAAUAUUCUCAAGCAUGCAAAGAGAAGGUUCUGGGUUCAAUUUUAAACCUAAUGAGUAUACUUUUGGGAGCUUAAUAACCGCAGCUGGUUCUGCCAUUGAUUCUGAUUCACAUUUGUUGCAACAGAUGCUUACAAGGGUUAUGAAAUCUGGAUUACUCUUGGAUUUGUAUGUGGGUAGUGCUUUAGUUAGUGGAUUUGCAAGGUUUGGAUUGUUUGAUUAUGCGAAGAAGAUUUUUGGGCAGAUGAGUGCGAGAAAUGCUGUCUCUCUGAAUGGCUUGAUGGUUGGAUUAGUGAGGCAGAGGCGUGGAGAAGAAGCUGCUGAAGUAUUCGUGGAGAUGAGAAACUUGGUUGAUAUAAAUAUUGAUUCAUAUGUGAUUUUAUUAAGUGCUUUUGCUGAAUAUUCUCUGCUGGAGGAAGGGAGAAGAAAGGGCAGGGAGGUUCAUGGAUUUGCAAUCCGAACAGGAUUAAAUGAUGUCAAGGUUGCAAUUGGAAAUGGGCUUAUUAAUAUGUAUGCUAAAUGUGGUGCUACUGAUGAUGCUAGAUCAGUAUUUAGGCUUAUGGCUAAUAGGGAUUCAGUCUCAUGGAAUUCCAUGAUUUCUGGUCUUGAUCAGAAUGAGUGUUUUGAAGAUGCAGUCAAGUGCUACCAUGCAAUGAGGAGAACUGGAUUGAUGCCUUCCAAUUUUACAUUGAUAAGUACUUUGAGUUCAUGUGCAAGCUUGGAGUGGAUCAAACUAGGCCAGCAAAUACACAAUGAAGGGCUUAAAUUGGGACUUGAUUUGGAUGUUUCAGUUUCAAAUGCCCUCCUUGCAUUAUAUGCUGAAACUGGAUAUCUUGCUGAGUGUCAGAAAGUUUUCUCCUUGAUGCUGGAGUAUGAUCAAGUAUCAUGGAAUACAGUGAUUGGGGCUUUGGCUGAUGCAGAGGUAUCAGUUUCUGAUGCUGUAGAAUUUUUCAUGGAGAUGAUGCGAACUGGAUGGAGUCUUAACAGAGUGACCUUCAUAAAUAUUCUUGCAGCUGUAUCAUCUCUUUCACAGAUUGGAUUGAGCCAGCAGAUACAUGCACUGAUGCUGAAAUACCACAUUACAGACGACAGUGCUAUUGAGAAUGCACUUCUCGCUUGCUAUGGCAGGUGUGGAGAUAUAGAUUACUGUGAAAAAAUCUUCUCUAGAAUGUCUGAGAGAAGAGAUGAAAUUAGUUGGAAUUCUAUGAUUUCUGGAUACAUACACAAUGAAUUCUUGCCCAAGGCCAUGGACCUGGUCUGGUUUAUGAUGCAGAGGGGUCAACGAUUGGACUGUUUCACCUUUGCCACUGUUCUUAGUGCUUGUGCCUCUGUUGCAACAUUAGAGCGUGGCAUGGAAGUUCAUGCCUGUGCAAUAAGAGCAUGUUUAGAAUAUGAUGUUGUUGUUGGGAGUGCAAUUGUUGAUAUGUACUCAAAAUGUGGAAGAAUUGAUUAUGCAUCAAGAUUUUUCAAGUUGAUGCCUGUGAGGAAUGUGUAUUCUUGGAACUCAAUGAUAUCAGGUUAUGCACGUCAUGGACGUGGAAGUGAGGCUUUGAAGCUUUUUACACAAAUGAAGCUUGGUAAUCAAUUACCAGAUCAUGUCACGUUUGUUGGGGUUCUAUCCGCUUGUAGUCAUGUUGGUUUGGUUGAUGAAGGGUUUGAGCAUUUCAAAUCCAUGACUGAAGUAUAUGGAUUGGCUCCUCGGAUAGAGCAUUAUUCAUGUAUGGUGGAUCUCCUUGGACGGGCAGGUGAACUUGAUAGGAUAGAGAACUUCAUUAAUACAUUGCCAGUGGAACCUAAUGUUCUUAUUUGGAGGACAGUUUUAGGUGCCUGCUGCCGAGCAAAUGGUCACAAAACUGAGUUAGGCAGGAGGGCUGCUGAAAUGCUUAUGGAUAUGGAACCUCAAAAUGCUGUGAAUUAUGUUCUUCUUUCUAACAUGUAUGCUUCAGGGGGGAAGUGGAAUGACAUGGCAAAGGCUAGGCGAGCAAUGGGAGAAGCAGCAGUGAAGAAGGAAGCUGGAUGUAGUUGGGUAACUAUGAAGGAUGGGGUCCAUGUUUUUGUGUCUGGGGAUAAAUCACAUCCAGAAAGAGAUUUAAUCUACAAAAAACUCAAGGAACUCAAUAAAAAAAUUAGAGAUGCAGGAUACGUGCCUGAGACAAAAUUUGCACUGUAUGAUCUUGAACCAGAGAAUAAGGAAGAACUGCUGAGCUAUCACAGUGAGAAACUUGCAGUUGCUUUUGUUCUCACUCGUGAUUCAAGGUUGCCAAUUAGGAUAAUGAAAAACCUUCGGAUUUGUGGCGACUGCCACACUGCCUUUAAAUACAUAUCAAAAAUUGCUGGCCGUCAAAUAGUGUUACGAGAUUCAAACAGGUUUCAUCAUUUUGUGGAUGGUAAUUGUUCGUGUGGGGACUACUGGUAACUGACUGAUCAGCUUGGUUCUUGAAGGUAGAGGCAAAGUUGAUCAAUCAGGACCUGCAAAUCUGAUGCAUCCCAAGCUGAAUUGGACCCUGAUUGACUUUGCAAAAUUAUUUCUAUUAUGUAAUUUUUGCAGAGAUGAUCAGGAACCCAGAGCACCAACAAAGAACAGGGAGGGUGUAAAUUCUCAAAGGAAUUGGCUAUGGAAAUAGUUGUUGCCACAGCAAGAGAUGGUGCUACAAAUACAACUCCUGUUUCUGCCAGUCUAGUUGUUGUUGAGAGGAAAAUGAAUGCCCUUUUUCUUGAUGUGGGUAGUUGAAUCCUCAUGGAUUUAGUAUUUGCUAUGACUGAAGUAACUCUCUGUUUAUAGCAGGGAGUUAUGUUGUCGUUGAUGAAAGAGGAAAGGAAAAAGCUAUAGAAUCGGGGAGCAAGGUGGCAUGUAUAGUUUCUCAAGUUCUCUUUUAUCAACAAGAUCGUGCACUUCAGAAAUAUCAGCAGCAGCUUGUCUUCUUACUAAUAUUAAUUCACUAACAGUUUCCAGGCAGGAAAGUUUCAAGUCCACAACUAUGGAUAAUUGUAAUGGAGCCCCAUCAGAAGCAAUAUUAAUAGAAUCAAGUCUCCCGGAUUCCGAUCAGAUCCAGAAUCAAAUUCAGGAUAAGAUGCAGAUUCUUAAGAUAUUGUACAUGUAGCCCUUGAGUUCAUCUAAGCUGACUUGAAAUGCUAAUGAAGGAAUGUCUCAAGAUUUCAAAUUAAUGUUGGACAAAUUUUUUAA